UCUGAGCUCUGCUUCGUGAUCCCAGACCUUCCACUGGAUCUUCGAAAAUUCAUGCUCCAUCUGCUCUGAAGUCUCCUUCUUUCUUGGCUCCUGUCCUUUGUUGGCUUCCGGUUGCUCUGAGGACAUCCAGGACAUCCAGGCAGCCAUGCACCAAGCUGAAAAAGUUUCCAGGGCCAGAAAAAGUCUUCAGGGGGAGAAGCAGAGAGAUGCACACAGUCCCCCUGAGGGGGAAUGGUCCACCACCCAUUGCAGAGAGGCUGAGGGAAGGCGUGGACCAGCUCUGGCUCCUGAACACCAGCUUGAACCUCGAUGAACAACACAGAGCCCACACAGUGAUGUUCUAAUUCCUCUGACAUCCCAUUUUUAUUCUUUGAUGAUAUUUGUCUGUUUCCAGCUUACACAUAAAUGUUUCCAGUAGAGUGCUCCCAAUGUCUUUUUCAGAAAUCUGAAUCCACAUGAAAACAAUGGCAACAAGAAAAAGGUGUAAACUUUCCAGAACAAGCCCAGACUUUGAAAAUGUGAUAAAGAGGUUAUUGUGUGUCCGAACUUUUCACACAAGAAUCGGAGGAGAUUUAACACCAGGAAUAAUAAACAGAGGAAGACCAGCUAAUGCAGAGCAGAUGGGCCUGCAAGGCAAUGCUAAAUAUUUCAACAUCUUCCCCUUGGACCUUUGGACUCAAGCUGACUGGAUGCUAGUUUCUUUAGUUGAAAAUAAAGUUAAUGCAAUUGGGGAAUCCAUAAAUAGAGCUGGCUUGAUUUCUGGGAUAGUUAGUGGACUAAAGUUUUUAAGAACCUAG